AUGGCCCAGGAAGCUCGACGAUUGCUCCCUGCCAAGGAGGCCCCACGUCGGCUCGAGUUGUCUCCUGCCAAACCUCGGAUGAGGCGCCGGAAUGUGGCUUGUCGGCACUGUCGUAAACUUCAUGUUAAGUGUGUUGGGUCUCCAUGUUGCAACGCGUGCAACAAACUUGGAAUUAGGUGUGAACCGCACCCGGACAGACGCAGGAAAGAGAGACUACACGACGUCGAAGCGAAACUAAACGACGCCGAAGCGAAACGACGCGACGCCGAAGCGAAACUACACGACGCCGAAGCGAAACGACGCGACGCCGAAGCGAAACUACGCGACGCCGAAGCGAAACUACGCGACGCCGAAGCGAAACUACACGACGCCGAAGCGAAACUACGCGACGCCGAAGCGAAAGUACACGACGCCGAAGCGAAACGACGCGACGCCGAACUUCUGUACGAAAUCUAUAAACCGACCGGCCAAAUGAUGUCCGUGAUUUGA